AUUAUUUUGGAUUACUAUUUAUUGCUGCAUGUGCAUCAAUUCAGUUAGAGAGAGAACAAAAAACGAGAGAGUAAGCGAGGGGGAAGUUCAGAUGGCGUUACCAAUCAAAAACGAAAACGCCAAUAGUUUUUUCGCUCUAUCCCAUUCCCAUAUCCAAUUCCAAUUAUGUUAUGUAUAGAGAUCAGUGAUUAGAUCCUAGCUUGGUCAAUCAGUGUUAAUUUAAAUCGUAAAAGAUGUUACGUUAGUAAUCAUAUCAAUUAUGGAUCCGUCAAAGAGCGAAAUGCAGACCGAGCCAACGUUGAUCGAAAAUCUGUCAGCAGAACAAUAUUCGAGAUGCGAAUCGCCAAAACGUGGCACCACGCUUUCCACCAGCACCAGCAGUUUUGAGGCGUUGGAUCCGCAUGAUCCGAAUCUAAGUCGUUUGGCGAACACGAUGUUCGAGAAGACAGGAGAAUAUCUGCAAGAAGAGCUCACUUCCAUCCACGCAGAUUAUCAAUUGUUAGAACGUUUAAACAAAGAAACUAUCGCCAAGUACACAGAACUGAAGAUUAUUUCGUCGAAUGUCGUGCAAUCAUUGGAUUCUCUAAACGAGAAGUAUCAAAAGUUACAGCCGAUUCUAGAUAAUAUCAAUCAGAUUGAUGAUAGUGUCAGCAAACUGGAGCAAGCUGCUUAUAAACUUGCAGCAUAUUCUAAACGUCUUGAAGCCAAAUUUAAGGAUCUCGAAAAAGAAUAUACAAAAAGCAAAUAAAGUUAUAUAAUUGUAAAGGUAUAAACUGUUGUCUAUAUAUAUUUAUAUGUAAUAGAUAGAUAAUGUUAUAAUGUCAAAAAUAUUUAUCACCAACAUAAAUAAUUGUAUAGAGAGAGAGAGAAAGAGAAAGAAUAUAGGAGCUUUUCAACAAGCAAAUACAAGCAAAGAUACAAUGUUAUGCAAUUAGCAAUUGAAUAGAAAACUUUUAAAUUCCCAAAAUUGUUUCUAUGUGACAGCCAAUUGUAUAACGUUUUUUUUUUGUUUUUUUUUUACUGAAAAGCU